CCACCUGGGACCACAACAAGACAGGACUAGAAGGACUUCAGGAACCCAACAAAUCACUGGUUAUAGAAGACUUAUUGGAGUAAACAAGUUAAGAGAUAGUAGCCAAGAGAAGGGCGGACAGUAAAAAGGAGCCUUCUGCCUCAAAGGUGGACACUCCAAGGAGCUGUGCCAGGAUGCUCCAGGGGUGUGGAUGACCAGCUCCUCAGGCCCGGAUGCCGCCAGGUGCUCUAGUCUCCUAACUCAGAGAGCCCACCUGGACACCCCAAGGGCGAGGGAGCCAGGAGAGGCCCAGGAGUGAGUGGCCCCCCAGCCCUUCUUGGGGCCAGGCCCGGCAGGAUGACCAGCCUGUUCCGCAGGAGCAGCGGUGGGGGCGGUGGCUCCGCCGGGGCACGUGGGAGCACGGAUGGGCCAGGGGCCGCAGGGCAGGAGCUCAACAACAGCCGGCCGGCCCGCCAGGUGCGUCGCCUGGAGUUCAACCAGGCCAUGGACGACUUCAAGACCAUGUUCCCCAACAUGGAUUACGACAUCAUUGAGUGUGUGCUACGUGCCAACAGCGGUGCCGUGGAUGCCACCAUCGACCAGUUGCUGCAGAUGAACCUGGAGGGUGGUAGCCCAGGUGGCCUUUAUGAGGACAGCUCCGACUCGGAGGACAGCGUCCCCCCAGAGAUUUUGGAAAGGACUUUGGAACCUGAUAGUUCGGACGAAGAGCCCCCACCUGUGUACUCCCCGCCGGCCUACCACAUGCACGUGUUUGACAGGCCUUACCCUCUGGCUCCCCCAGCUCCACCUCCCCGCACUGAUGUGUUCGGCUCUGGACCCCCUUCAAGCCAGUGGCGCUAUCGGAACUGGAACCCACCACUGCUGGGCAGCCUCCCUGAUGACUUUCUGCGCAUUCUUCCCCAGCAGCUGGACAGCAUCCAGGGUAACUCCGGGGGCUCCAAGCCCAGGAGAGGAGAGGGAGCCCUGCAACCCACAGCUGGACCCGGGUCUCACGACCAGGAGAGCCGCUGGAAACAGUACCUCGAGGAUGAAAGGAUCGCACUCUUCCUGCAAAACGAGGAGUUCAUGAAGGAGCUGCAACGCAACCGAGACUUCCUGCUGGCCCUGGAGAGAGAUCGACUGAAAUACGAGUCCCAGAAAUCCAAAUCCAGCAGCUUGUCUGUGGGGAGUGACUGUGGCUUUCCCUCUGCUGUUCCAGGAGCCGGUGACACCAACCCUGCUGUAUCUGAAGAUGCCUUAUUCAGGGACAAGUUGAAACACAUGGGAAAAUCCACCCAAAGGAAACUGUUUGAACUGGCCAGGGCCUUCUCGGAGAAAACCAAGAUGAGGAAGUCAAAGAGGAAACAUUUGUUGAAGCAUCAGUCGCUCGGAGCUGCAGCAUCAACAGCCAAUCUCCUGGACGAUGUGGAGGGCCACACUUGUGUUGCCAGCAGUUCCUCCUCUCUGGAGAUGAUCCGACCUGACCUGGUGGAGGCAACUGGAGAGCAAAUCCGGCCCCCAGCUGAAGGGCCCAGCUGCAGACAGACUAGACAGUGCUUGAAUACCUUGGCCCAGUGAUUCUUCGGCCACAGUCCAGCCCAGCCACUGCCACUUUCCAUGGAAUUUACAACUCUGGAGUUCUGUGCUGAAACUGAAGGAUGGGGAAGGGUGGGUGGGCAGCAGCUAGUCACAACCCCUUUUGUAUUCAGGCUGUCCUAUGGGGAAUGCAGGAACCAACCAAAGGAUGGAGAGUCCCAAAGGCAAGGUGACCCUGCUGUUUGACCUGGAGCCCCUCCUCCCUCUCUUCCUCAUUUCCCCUCCUGGGCCACAGACACUGCCUCUCCCUCUCCCCACCCCACUUUGUGCUCUUUACCCCCUUGACCUCCUGCAGCUCCCAACCCUCCACAACAUCUCCCUGUACAGAAUUCCAGUGAGAGGUCCAAAUCUCACUCUGGGCCCUCAGGAGUUACAGGCCUCCAGAGAGAGGAAUCUGCCUGGCUCUCCUGGCUGCUUCUGUGAGGGGUUAGCUGUGGCCCCCAGCGGGGAUGGGGAGGGAGACCACCCCAAAGCUGGAAGACUCUGGCCAGGCAGCGGUGAUCUAUUUGAACAGAAAGCAAAAGCCAGUGCUGUAUGAAGCCCCAGAGUCAGGCAGCAGCGGGGGUUCCCGGGACUCUGUCUUCCUCCCCAGCUGGAUUAAAAGUCUCCCCGCGGUUCUGUAAAGUGACCCUUGAGAAAGUGCACGACGAAGGCGCGCCCAGCCGGGGUGGGUGCUGGGGCGGAAGGGCUUGCUGGGCACCCCCUUGCCAAGAGUGAGAAGGUGAGUUAUUCAAGGAGGAAAACGCCGGUUCAGUUCAGCCUCCACCCGCCACCACUGCCCCUGGGUCCGCGCGGGGCUCGGCGGUGCCGCCCAGUUCAACCGGGCAAGGCUGGGAAUGGGAGCCAAACCUUGGCGGGUCCCACAAAGCUGCAGGUCACUCCGAGGUAGUUAGUGGGCGCCCAGAGCAGCAAUCACACUUGGCUCCCGGCCUUGGCUUCCCAGCUUCCCGCGCUACGCUCCCGCUGCGGCCAGGAGGGGGCGCGCCGCCCCAAGUUUGGAAGCGCGCGCUUAGGGCCCGCCCUCCGCCGCUCCCCUCCUCUGGCUUUGGGACGCCGGGGGUUGCAGCCCAAGUAUCAGAGGGUCUGACUCUUCCAGAGCCAGAAGAGGGGCCUCUGGGCCUUUACCCUGACUCCUCCCCCACUUCUGUGUGUGUUUGGAUUGUUUUUCUUCCCGUUCUGUGUGUGGGGUUAUUCUUGGCGCUGUUUCAGAGGAAGUGCUGUAAUAAAGACUUGGUGUUCUCUUG